GUGUAUAAAGAUAUAAAAAUAAAUAUGGCUGCUUCUAUUAUCAGAACAUAUAUUCAAUCUAGUUUAUCAAAACAAGUAAUAGAAAUUAUAUGGCGGGAACAAAAUAUAAAUUGUAUUUUACAAACCAUGAAUGUAUUACAUAUUCAUUAUCAACAUUAUCAUAUUACACCAGUUUUUACUAAACAAAAAAAAGUUAAAGAAGAUACAGAACUCAAUCUGCAAACAAUAUUUAAUGAAGACAAAUUAGAUAAUUUAAUGGAUAAACAGUUUAAAAAUAAAUCAUUACCAGUAAUAGAAAUAUGGGAUCAAAUGACAGUUAAAGAAUUAGCAAAUUCUGCCAAAAGGGAUAUUAAUGAUGUUUUAAAUGUUCUUUAUUUUAUAAAUAAAAAUGAUAAAUAUGAAGAAAAUACUAUUUUAACAACUAUGCCUUUAUUAAUUAACGUAGUAAAGUAUCUUGGUGGGAAACACAAAUUCAUAUCAAAAAAAAUUAAAAAAACUAUGGAAAAUAAAGAUAUUACUAAACGACCUUUACCAAAUGAAUCUCAAUUAAUAAAACGACAUCCAAUUGUAACAAUAAUGGGGCAUGUUGAUCAUGGCAAAACUACUUUACUUGAUGCAUUACGAAAUACAUCAAUUGCAAAAUCUGAAUUUGGUGGUAUUACACAAUGUAUUGGUGCUUUCGAUGUAACAUUGGAAUCUGGAGAACGAGUAACAUUCUUAGAUACACCUGGACAUGCUGCUUUCAUUUCUAUGCGACAUAGAGGCGCGCAUAUAACAGAUAUUGUAGUAUUAGUUGUAGCAGCUGAUGAUGGUGUUAAAGAACAAACUUUGCAAAGUAUAGAAAUGGCAAAAGAUGCCAAGGUUCCAAUUAUUGUAGCUAUUAAUAAAAUUGAUAAACCUAACAUUGACAUUAUUAAAGUCCAAUAUGAAUUAGCAAAACAUGGAAUUGUAAUUGAAGAACUUGGUGGUGAAAUACAAUGUGUUAAAAUAUCUGCUUUAAAAGGAAUUAAUUUAAGAGAAUUAACAGAAGCUAUAAUUGUACAAGCUGAAUUAAUGGAUUUAAAAGGAGAUCUUGAAGGUUUAGUGGAAGGUGUUAUUAUUGAUUGUAGUAAUCAUAUUGGACGAGGAAAAUUAGUGACAGCUUUAAUCCAACGUGGUACUUUGAAAAAAGGAUGUUUAUUAGUAUCUGGAAUAGCAUCUGCAAAAGUAAGAAGUAUGUUUAAUGAUUCUGGUAAUCCUAUCUUAAAAGCUAAACCAUCCGAAGUAGUACAAAUUUUAGGAUGGAAAGAAUUACCUGAUGUUGGAGAUGAAAUAUUAGAAGUAGAAAAUGAUAAAAUACUACAAGAAGUUAUAAAAUUUAGACAAAAACAACGUGCUGAAAUUUUAGCUAAGGAACAUAAAGCAGCUGCCGAUCAAAAAUUAGAAAAACAUCUCAUAGAAUAUAAGAAAAUGUUAAAAAUAAAAAGAUUAUUUGGAAAAGAUAGAAAAAUAAUGGAUAUGGUGAGAGAAAAGAUAAUCGAAGAAAAGAGAAAAAAUAAAAAUAAAAAUCUUACUCCUGCAGUUAAUAUUAUUGUAAAAGGUGAUGUGGCAGGAAGUGUUGAAGCAUUACUAGAUAUUUUUGAUACGUAUACAUAUGAUACAAUAUGCCAGUUAAACAUUGUUCAUUAUGGUAUAGGAUUUAUUACGCAAUCGGAUAUAGAAUUAGCGAAUACAUUUAAAGCAAUUAUUUAUGGAUUUAAUGUAAAUGCAACUAAACAAAUAAAAGAUGAGGCUAACAAAAAAGGCGUAUCUCUUCGAUUUUAUAAUGUUGUAUAUAAACUUAUUGAUAAUAUUAAAAAAGAAAUUUAUGAUAUCCUGCCUGAAGUUGAUGUUGAAGAGAUAUUAGGAGAAGCAAAAGUAUUGCAAAAUUUUGAUAUAAAAGAUAAAAACAAAAAAGUAAAUGUUGCAGGUUGCCGUUGCGUUAAAGGUAUUCUUUUAAAAUCUGGAUUAUAUCAUGUACUAAGAGGAAAUGAAAAUAUUUAUUCAGGAAAAUUAAUAUCAAUGAGACAUUUAAAGGAAGAAGUGUCAUCGAUAGAAACAAAUUAUGAAUGUGGUCUUAGAUUUGAAGAUCCAAUGAUAUCAUUCCAACCUGGAGAUACUAUUAUUUGCAUCAAUAUAAAAAGACAGAAAGAAAAAAUUGAGUGGGAUCCAGGAUUUUAAUUUAGUAUUAUUGUAUUUAUAUAUGGAUAAUAUAAAAUAAAUAAUUACAAAACAUUG